AUGUCUCUACCUGAUAAAAAAUCUCAGAAACCUGAUGGUUCUGAUGAUUUGACUAUUUCUGAAAUGAUAAGUCAUGAUCAAAUUAAUGAACAGAACAAUCAAACCGAGUCAUCAACACCGGUUGCCAUAACAAAGUCCACUUCUAUGAUUCCUGCAAAGGAUGAGGACUUCAAGGUGAAGAAACAUAAAAAUCUUGGUGAGCCAAAUCCGCCAAAAUUCUCAAUUUCGAUCUCAAAAAGUGAGAUUGAAGAAGAUAUAUAUGCCAUUACGGGCAAAAGGAAUCUUAGGUGCAGGAAUAGAAGGGACAAGAAAAAGGAGGGUCUUAAUGAUAUCUUUCCAGGAUGUUCGUUAAAUGACCAUGAUAUUGAGAGUCUCAAGAAAAGAUAUGACUCAGUUUCUUCAAAUCAACAAUAA